AUGAGCCCGAAACGCGAGUAUGCAGUCCUGGCAGAGUCUGCAUUUAUGCAAGGGCGACGGCCACAGCAAGAAGAUCGACACGUGAAGAUCGCGGACUUGACCAAAGCAGCCAAGGCCUUGAACUUGCCGAUUGAUCACCUGGAGCAGCCCUGCUCCUUCUUUGCGGUCUACGACGGGCACCGCGGUCCGCUCUGCGCGGACUUCGUGGCCAAGUCUCUCCACACGCGGCUGCUGCAGCACCUCUCGCGUUCCGAGUCCCCCGAGAUCGCCGCGUGCAUGCGGGCAGCGUGCGAGGAGUUGGAUGCGGAGUUCUUGGCGAAGCAUCGCACCGCCUGCGACGGGUGCACCGUGGUCAUGGCGCUGGUCACCGGCACCUUGCUGUCGCUGGCCUGGCUCGGGGACAGCCGGGCCCUGCUGUGCAGAGGCAGCUCCAGCGGCAGUGCCGUUGCGCUCACAGAGGACCACCGACCCCAGGUGCCAACAGAAGCCGAGCGUGUUCGACGCGCUGGCGGGGUGGUGGUGAACUUUGACGGUGCCAAGAGGGUCGCCCACAAGGAUUUCGAGGCUCGAAACCGGGAGCUUCGGCGAGCCAAGGCUGUCGGCCUGGGCACGGUGGGAACUAAGCCGGUGGCUUUGGCCGUGAGUCGUGCCAUGGGGGACCGCGAUUUCAAGGUGCCAGACCAGCUGCUCAUUUCCACGCCCAGCGUAAGGAGCUUCCAACUGGAGAGCUCCAUGAAGUUCAUGGCCCUCAUGUGCGAUGGCAUCACAGAUGUCUUGAGCAACGAGCAGGUAAUCUCUGAGCUGAGCUUCCGCCGGGAUAAGGAGCCAAAGGCCAACGCGCGACAAGCCUGCGGCGCGCUGGUACAGCGGGCAUACUCGCGGGGAAGCCAAGACAACCUCACCGUGAUCAUGGUCAGCUUCCAGUGGAAGGACGGCGUGGCCCCCGAUGCAGUUGGCUGUGAGGCGCCGUGCAAGCGCCGCCGAUGCGAAUCUGAUGCUGUUGACAGAGCCCAGUCGGAAAAGGUGCAAACAUCGCAACGUCAGCGGCAAGGCAGUACUCGGGCAAACUUCAAACACCGCACAUUCACAGAGACAACCGGCGCUUGA